AUGGCUGAAACAAACAACAAUACUAUGAGAAACUCAAGCCAUUGGAAAUCAUUUUACAGUUUUGCUGAUAGAGUGAGAAGAUUUCCCGGUUUAAUGAGAAGGACAAUUUGGAAAGUUGGCAAAGAUGAUCCAAGAAGGAUAUCCCAUUCACUGAAAGUUGGUUUGGCUUUAUCACUUGUAUCUUUGUUGUAUCUAAUGGAACCAUUGUUCAAAGGGGUAGGAACAAAUGCUAUCUGGGCUGUCAUGACUGUAGUUGUGGUGAUGGAGUUCACUGUAGGGGGAACCUUAUGCAAAGGACUAAAUAGAGGAUUGGGAACAUUGUUAGCAGGAUCAUUGGCAUUUUUUAUUCGGUAUCUUGCGGAUAUUCCAGGUCAGAUUUUUCGAGCAAUUUUUAUCGGUGCUGCAGUUUUUCUUUUAGGAGCAGCAGCUACGUACGUGAGGUUCGUUCCUUAUGUAAAAAAGAAUUAUGACUAUGGUGUUUCGAUAUUUCUCUUGACCUUUAAUUUGAUAAUUGUAUCAAGUUACCGCGUCGAUAAUGUCUGGACCCUUGGAAAAGAUCGAAUAACCACCAUAACUAUAGGUGUUGGUCUUUGUCUUGUGAUGAGCAUAUUUGUAUUUCCAAACUGGUCAGGCGAAGAACUCCAUAAAUCCACUAUAUCAAAGCUCGAAGGCUUAGCCAACUCUAUAGAAGUUUCCGUCAUGGAAUAUUUUUAUGAUUCUGAAAAACAAGAAAAUGAAGAUGAUUCAUGCGAGGAUCCUAUUUACAAGUGCUACGAGGCCAUUUUAGACUCUAAAGCUAAGGAUGAAACACUUGCAAUGCAAGCAAAUUGGGAGCCAAGAUACUCAAGAAUCUGCCACAGGAUCCCGUGGCAGCAAUACACAAAAGUAGGAGCUUCUCUUCGUCAUUUUAGUUAUACCGUUGUAGCACUACAUGGAUGUCUUCAGUCUGAAAUUCAGACACCAAGGUCGAUCCGUGAUCUAUACAGAGAUUCUUGCAUCAAACUUGCACAAGAAGUAUCAAAAGUACUAAGGAUAAUGGCCAACAGCAUAAGGAAAAAGCAUCAAUUUUCCCUUCAAAUACUCUCAAACAAUCUCAAUGAAGCUUUACAAGACCUUGACAAUGCCUUGAAAUCUCAGCCCCAACUCUUACUAGGCUCAAGGAACGGUGGAAGUCGAACACUCAGAUCCCCUAAAACUCCCCAAACCCCUAGAACUCCAAACUCUUACAAACAUGAAGAAGAAACUAGAACCUCAUUAUCAAGAGUUAAAAGUGAUUGUUGUUCCCCAACUGGAAGUAAAUCCAAAGAGCAUUCUCGAGAACAAACUAAAGAAGGACAAGUGCCCCAGAAGGUUUUGAGGCCGCAACUUAGUAAGAUUAUCAUCACUAGCCUCAAGUUCUCAGAAGCACUGCCUUUUGCUGCUUUCACUUCAUUGCUAGUGGAGAUGGUAGCAAAACUAGAUCAUGUUAUGGAUAAAGUCGAAGAGUUGGGCAGAAUGUCACACUUUACAGAAUUCAAAGAUGAUGAUGAUGAUGAGAGUAUUAUUGUGACUUGUGAGAGACCAAAAAUGAAUAUAGUUGAUAAUGAAUUACCUUCAUAUGGAGCAGAAUAA